UCGUAAUUUCCCAGCUAGAUAAUUUCUCAAUAGGAAGCCUACAAGCCUAUGUACAGACAAUUAGUCUGCUUCUUGCUGAUCGUCUGUAUUUUUCCUGUUUGCGAUGCAGGAGAAAAUAUCACCGGAAGAGCCGAUGCAAAAGCAUCUCGGAACCUCCCCGGCAUUAUUUAUACGUCUGCUAUAAAAGUACCAUGGGGAAUUCAACGGAAAUACUGUUUUUUCUACAACGACUGAAUGAGACAGAGUCAAGCAAACACAUAUAUUUUAUCCUCAUUCUUCUUGUUUACCUUUUUACGCUUUUAGCGAACCUGACUUUGAUUGGGACAGUUGUUUUGGAGAAAACACUCCAUGAGCCCAUGCUUGUAUUCGUGUGUAACUUGUGUGUAAAUGGUAUACUUGGUGCCUCUAUAUUUUAUCCUAAAAUACUGGUGGACCUUUCAUUCGAUUUGAGUAUUACUUCGUAUAAAGCUUGUCUGGGUCAAAUUUUUGUAUUAUACAGCUAUCUAUUCUGCGAAUAUACUACGUUAACAAUAAUGGCUUAUGACAGGUAUAUCGCGAUAUGCAAGCCGCUCAAUUACCACUCCAUCAUCACGCCUCGGAAGGUGACGCAAUUAUUGGUUUUUACCUGGCUUACAUCCAUCUGUGAAGCAGUUGUCGUGGCGGCCCUGGUAGCCAGACUGCCCCUCUGUGGAUUCAAUAUCGAGAAGAUUUACUGCACAGCCUGGGCCGUGGUAAAGCUGUCAUGUGUGGACACCACUAUCAACAACAUAUAUGGGUACAUUCUCAUGUGUUCUUAUAUUUCACAAGCAGUGCUGAUCGUGAUUUCCUAUAUUCAAAUCGUCAGAGCAUGUGUGCGAUCGAAGAAAGAACGGAGUAAAUUCAUGCAGACUUGUUUGCCCCAUAUAAUCGUACUGACCAACAACUUCAUCGCACUCUCUUUUGACCUCAUGUACACUCGCUAUGGUCCCACAAACCGUCUGCAUGCUCUCCGCAAUUUCAUGUCCUUGGACUACCUCGUUGUUCCACCGCUCCUAAAUCCCCUCAUUUAUGGCCUGAGACUGAAUCAGAUCCGCCGGAGAAUUUUUAACAUUUGCAGCCAGAAAAUGCAUGCUCUGAAAUGA